AGGGCCAGCCUCAGGGCCCAGGGCUGUGAUGGGUCACAGUCCCUGAGGAGGGGCCACUUGUCCAAUCAGUACCAGGGACUUCCACACUUGCCGGGCUGAGAGGCCAUGUGCUGGCCGAGAACAUGGAGCCAGCUCUUCCUGCCGGUUUUCCUCUCCUUGUUUCUCAUCCAACUGCUUAUCAACUUCUCAGACAAUGGGUUUUCCCACAUCUUAAGUCAGAGGAACAAGCAGAAAAGUAAAAGGGAGAUUGAGGAGGCAUGUGCUCAAAAGAAAAACUGUCAAUUGUGCACAGAAGACAAGAAAGCUUCCUUCAGGAUUUCACCCAUCCUUACAGUCUCUCUGAGAAAGCCUGACUGAACUUCCUUGUUAAAUUUUAAAAUUGUGUUGAAUGUUUUUGUAGAGUAUUUCAUUACUUUUACAUCAUGACCUAUAUGGUAAUUUGAGCUCAUAUG